GCUCCAUUGCAUACUUUACUACACACAUUUGCGGUGAAGUGCGCAGGCUGAGAUCUAGGGUCUUGGACUCUUAAAGGAACCAGUUUUCCUCGACCGCAUUGGCUGCUGGUCCCUUUAAGGACACACCCCGAAUUUGGAUACAACCAUUGAUGACGUAAGCACGCAGGGUAACGGACGCGCAUUUUCAAAAUAAUGGAGGCAAAACAAAAAAUUCAAAAUGGAAGCUACGACAAAGUUUUGGAGGGGAACAUCACAACAAUCCGUAUUUGAUGCAUGACGACUGGCAUUGGUGAAUAUCCAUGAACGGAUUACGUUAGCACAAGUCUACAUGCGAACAAAGGCAAAAUGAGUGUUUCAAUCGGCGACAGAAUUGAGGAUUUUAAAGUCCUCACCCUCCUCGGCAAAGGCUCCUUCGCAUGUGUCUACCGGGCAAAAUCUGUCAAGACUGGUCUGGAGGUUGCCAUCAAAACGAUCGACAAGAAAUCCAUGCACAAAGCCGGGAUGGUCCAGCGUGUGACAAAUGAGGUGGAGAUUCACUGCCGCUUAAAGCAUCCCUCCAUACUUGAGCUGUACAACUAUUUUGAAGACAGUAACUAUGUGUACCUGGUGUUAGAGAUGUGUCACAAUGGAGAGAUGGGCCGCUACCUGAAGGAGCGCAAGAUGCCUUUUUCCGAGGAGGAAGCGAGACACUUCAUGCAUCAAAUAGUGAAAGGGAUGCUGUACUUACACACUCACGGCAUCUUGCAUCGAGACCUGACCUUGUCAAACUUGCUGCUGACCAACAACAUGAACAUUAAGGUCGCAGACUUCGGCCUGGCCACUCAGCUCAAACUCCCCACCGAGAAGCACUUCACCAUGUGCGGGACGCCCAACUACAUCUCCCCCGAGGUGGCCACGCGCAGCGCUCACGGCCUCGAGUCUGAUGUCUGGUCACUGGGCUGCAUGUUCUACGCCUUCCUCAUGGGCCGCCCCCCGUUUGACACGGACACAGUCAAGCACACGCUCUCCAAAGUGGUCCUUGGGGAAUAUGAGAUGCCCGGUCAUGUUUCUCCGGAGGCUAAGGAUCUCAUCCAUCAGCUUCUGCAGAAGAAUCCCGCUCAUCGGCCCAGCCUGUCUGCGGUUCUGGACCAUCCGUUUAUGACUCAGAGCCUGCUGUGCAGGACCAAGGCCAAGGAUCUGGGCCUGGUUGAUGAUUGCUCCAUGGAUAGCGGCAUUGCUACCAUCUCCACGGCCUGCACCUCCUCAAUGUCAGGCAGCAGCGGAAGCCGCCUUCAGAGGAGAACACGGCACAUCAUUGGCUCAGCGCUGCCCAACCGCAUGACUGCCAUCCCGAACCUUCCACUCCAGCCCACCAGGACCUGUUUUGAGGAUGGAGAUGAGUGGCAGCAUCAGCAGCAGCAGCAGCAUCCACUGGACAUAUUUCACAAUGAAGGUAGAGGCAGGGUUCUUCAUGGCGGAGGAACUAGUCAGCCACACUCCCGCUACCUCCGGAGAGCCCAAUCUUCGGAUCGCUGCGGCUCCUCAGUACCGCUCCAAGGACCCGGUCCGACCGAGCAGGGCAGAUGUCACUCAGAGGAGUCACUAACAGGCAAAGGAAGACCAGUCUUCCCUUUGUCCUCCACGCCUCAUCCGUUCUCAGAGCAUGGGCAGAUACCUUCACCUCCUGUCAAGCAGUCCGCGAAUUCUGGAUACAUGUUCUCCACUCAGACGGCACAUCCAUCAAACCUUCCAUAUCAGGACAUGGAGGGAGUUACUAACUGGCUCAAUAACGAAGGCUGCGGCCUGAGGCCCGCCGACAGAAGCACUCACAGCAGCGGUGUUAGUUUCCAUGGCGACAGAGGCCACUUAGAGGUCCACGGCUCGUGGACGGAUCAGGCGGUAAGCCGGUCCGCCGACCCCCAUCACAGCCUGCAUCACACCAACCCCUCCAGCCUGGACAUGUACCAGAGAGAGAAUCAACCCGGAGCUCACUUCCAGCCUCCUCACUGCUCCUCAUCAUCAUCAUCAUCUCAGCUCCCCUGCGCUAAAUCCAGCACGGAGAAGAAGACCUUGAGAGACCUGGUCCCGCCUCUGUGUGCCGCAAGACUGAAGGCCAUAAGACAGAAGACUAAAAACGCAGUUGUCAGCAUCCUGGACACAGGCGAGGUAUGCAUGGAGCUCUUAAAGUGCCAAAAUGGACAAGAGAGGGUUAAAGAAGUCCUCAGGAUCUCCUCCGACGGCUCCAUGGUGACGAUCUACCAGCCCAAUGGCGGGAAAGGGUUUCCCGUGCUGGACUGUCCACCUGCCCCCCCAGAAGAUAUCCUCAUUUGCAGCUAUGAUGACCUUCCAGAAAAAUACUGGAAGAAGUACCAGUACGCCUCCAGGUUCGUUCAGCUGGUGAAGUCCAAGACCCCCAAGGUGACCCUUUAUACCAAGUACGCCAAGGUCAUGUUGAUGGAGAACUCCCCCAACGCUGACCUGGAGGUCUGCUUCUAUGACGGAGCGAAGACCCACAAGACGUCGGAGCUGGUGCGAGUGGUGGAAAAGAGCGGGAAGUCGUGCACGGUGAAAGGCGAGGCGGGGCUGAGCGGUCUGAGCCCCGAGGGCCGCGCCUACGUGGAGCAGUCUGACGAGGGACACGGCCUGUGCCUGUCCUUGGAGGCGGCCAUCACGCUGGAGGAGGAGCGCAGCACCAAGAAGGUUCCUUUCUUCCCCAUCACCAUUGGAAGGAGGCCCGCCAACCCCGACUCAACAUCAUCACUUCCGUCUCAGCCGACCGCUCCUCCUGAUACACUUUCACCUCCUCAACCUCCGAAGAUCACCCCUUCGAUGAUCUCCUACGACGGCUCUGACUUCACCUCGGCCAGCCUGAGUAAGAAAAGCUCUCCCACUCGUCAGGACGUCCUGCAGAACACAGGCAAAGUGGUCAAGUCCAUUUUUGUGCCCAACGUGGGCUGGGCCUCACAGCUCACAAGCGGCGAAGUGUGGGUGCAGUUCAACGACGGCUCUCAGCUGGUGGUUCAGGCCGGGGUAUCCUGCAUCACCUACACGUCUCCCGAGGGACGCAUCACCAGGUACAAAGAGAACGAGAAGCUUCCAGAGCACGUCAAGGAGAAGCUGCACUGUCUCUCCACCAUUCUCGGACUGUUGGCCAACCCUGGGGCACGUCCCACACGGCAACCCCAUUAGCAUUUAAUAGCCCUCUUUAACCUCUUGUCUGCUCUUCUUGUAAAUAUCUAUGUGUUGUUUUUUUUUUUUUACAUGUACAGAAAAUUAUGAAAAUAUUUUAUUUUUCUGAAGGGAUCAUUAUUAUUAUUGUAUAGCAUCUUAGAAAUAUUUCAUGUGAUUUUUUUUUUUUUUACUAUUAUGGAAUGUGCCAUUCAUCAAACUGGGGGCCAAUAAAUGUCUGUGGAGAAUUGCUCA